AUUCAUGGGAUUUCAAAUUCCUCCCUCCCCCAACCAAGAUCAAUUUUACAAAGAAAAACUUCCUAAUUCCAUUCCAUUCCAUUCCAUGAAACGAACGCUACCUAAAUAUCCGUUUGAGGAUGUUAAGGGCGUAAAGAUUUCAUCCGACAAAGUGGUUCAGGAUCUUAUAUACCAUGUAGAACUAGCAAAAGGGGCGUACAGGGGUAGUGCCGCUGCGCUAGCCAAAAAUAGCAUGCUUAGAGAAAGUAACGUUGUGAAAUUUGUGAAGGACUCUAGUAUGUUACGACCAGGAUAUUAUGUUGGGAUUGAUACGCGAAAUAAACUUGUGAUUUUUGGAAUUCGUGGAACACAUACAGUUUCUGACCUUGUUACCGACAUUGUUUCUUCGAGUGAUUCAGAAGUCAAUUUUGAAGGCUAUUCAACUCAUUUCGGUACCGCUGAGGCUGCUCGUUGGUUUCUAACUCACGAGAUCGGAACCAUUAAGAAGUACCUUGAGAAGCAUGAGGGAUUUAGGUUAAGGCUGGUGGGCCAUUCACUUGGAGGUGCGAUUGCUUCAAUGCUAGCUAUAAUGCUUCGCAAGAAGACGAGUGAAGAGUUGGGUUUUAGCCCUGAAAUUGUUACGGCUGUCGGAUAUGGGACACCGCCCUGUGUUUCUAAAGAGCUGGCUGAAUACUGUUCUGAUUAUGUCACAACUGUUUGUAUGCAGGAUGAUAUAAUCCCAAGGCUAAGCGUUGCUACUCUGAUGAGAUUAAGAAACGAAAUUCUUCAGACUGACUGGAAAACUGUAUUAGAGAAGGAGGACUGGAGAAGUGUUUUGGAUUUGGUUAAUAAUGCAAAGCAGGUUCUAUCUUCCGUACAAGACGUAGCUAAGAAGCUAGUUGAUUAUACCAAGUUUGGAAGCCAGGCUAAAUAUAUCGAUGUUCCUGGUAGAAAGGACUCGAUCACGGUACAAGAUAGUACAUCUUCAAACGUCAAACCAGAAGUAGCAAAAGCCAAUGACAUCAAAACGGAAAGACCUGAUUUAGCGUGUCCCCAAGAGGAACUAUUUAUUCCGGGCAGCGUUUAUUUUCUAAAACGGAAAGAAGAACAACACAAUGGCAAUAAAGUAAAUACGUUCACUCUUUGGAAGAGACAUACAGGUGCAAUGUAUAUGGGCUAUGGAUUAGAAACUCGGGUAUUAACUAUUAUUCCUAUGUUUUCCUAGUUAGUUUGUUGAAACCAUGGAUUCCCUCUUAACCAGGUGUUAUUAAUGCAAGGAAGGGUUUAGUCUUU